AUGGCGGGACCGGAGGCUGGAGGUUCUCUUGCAGUUCCUAACGUUCAGCAGCUGGCUUCCAGCUCCAAGGACGUGCCGAUCAGAUACAUACGUCCUGAACUCGAGCUCGAUCAAGUUUCCAAUGAUGAGAACUCUCAGAUACCAGUGAUUGAUAUGAGCAAGUUAGGUGGUGGUCUUGAUGAUGACGAUGAUAGCGAAUCGGCUAAGUUGCACUCGGCUUGCAAAAAUUGGGGGUUCUUUCAGGUGAUCAAUCAUGGAGUGGCAGAAGAGUUGAUUCGGAAAAUGAAAGUAGAUGUUCAGGAAUUCUUCAACCAACCAUUGCAAGAGAAAAUGGUAUGUGCCCAACUACCAAAUGACAUUGAAGGAUAUGGACAAGCUUUCGUUGUAUCGGAAGAACAAAAGCUUGAUUGGGGUGACAUGCUCUUCAUCCUUACACGACCUGUAGAUGGAAGAAGAAUGAAGUUUUGGCCAAGAAUUCCCUCUUCUUUUAGGGAAACUAUGGACCAGUAUUCAACAGAGCUGGAAAAGCUGGCUAGUAGCUUGUUGAGUUCCAUGGCUAAGAACCUGGGACUCGAUCUAGAAAAGCUACUCACUUUGUUCAAACAAGGUAUGCAAGGUAUGAGAAUCAACUACUAUCCGCCAUGUGAGCUCGCUACCAAGGUCAUUGGCCUCGCCCCACAUUCCGACGGCACUGGAUUGACUCUACUCACUCAAGUGAAUGAAGUACAAGGUCUGCAAAUAAGGAGAGACGGGAAAUGGAUUCCCAUUCAUCCCAUUCCAGGUGCAUUCAUCGUUAAUGUCGGUGACAUCAUAGAGAUCAUGAGCAACGGAGAAUACAAGAGCAUAGAGCACAGGGCAGUGGUGAAUCCUGCCAAGGAGAGACUGUCCAUUGCGGCGUUCCACAGCCCAAAUUUCAACGCCAUGAUUGAGCCAUUGCCAGAUCUUCUCGUCAAGGAUCAUGAAAAGCAUGCGCCAAAUUACAAAUCCGUAUCACACCAGGAUUAUCUGCAGCUUGGAGCUAGAAGUAAAAUCGAUCGCGAAAGUCGCAUUCAUCAGAUGAAGAUACAACCGCCAAGCGGGGCAGUGAAAAUUGAAGGCCCUCCAUCCAUGGUGGAAAAAAGU